AAGAGUUCAUUGUGCGUCAGAAGCAGGAACACAGUCUUUGCUGUUCUGAGGAUUCAAAAGUGGAAUGCGACUAGAUGUAAAUCCAUUUCUAGAGACUCCCGUGUAGCGUCUUAUCAUCCCCAAGACUGUCAACGCAGGCAUUUGGGGUUUUGUGUGCGUUUAAGACUUUUCACAAUCGAUAUGAGUCGGUAUAACAGCGAUCUGACGCAGAGGGAACAGGAGCUGCUAAAGAUUCGCAGAGACAGCAACACUAAAGCUGCUGAACUGGUCAAAAUGGAGAAAAUGCUGCAGCAGACCAAAGACCUGUUGGACAAGAAGACAGAGACAAGUUCAGAGAAAAUGGACUGCCAGGAGAACAUGGUUGAAGAUCUGGAGGAGAAAGUGCGGUCCUCCCGGCGAUACAGGAGAAACUCCCUCCAUCACACGCAGAUGCUGGAGAGCCAGAUGAAGACAGUGAAAGGCGAGUUGGUGGGAACACUGGACCAUCUCCAGGAGCUGAGGAACAUCUUGCACCGCUCACAGCAGAAGGCUGAAGAGCGCAAAGCGGUGAUGGAGAAGCUGGCGGCCGGGCACAGGUGAAUCCUCUGCCCCUCUGCUGCUGCUGCUGCUGCUGCUUCCUGUUUUCUGACCCGACAUCAACAAGACCGUGAGAACAGAGAAACUUGAGCUGCUUCAUACAUUUAGCUUCACUAAAGACUAUGUUUAAAAUACUAUUUAUGGUCCUGCAGAAUCUGAUUCUGACAAACGAUUAAGCAAAACCAUCCUUAUCCUUACUUUCCUUUAUUUCCAUAUGAUUUUUUCUUUUUUUCCCUUUUGCUUCGUGUCGACAAGGUUUGAAUUUGUUUUUGUCCAUUUUUUGCUAUUUCCUUUUAUGCAAGUUUAAGGUGAUUAUAAAUGACUGCUGCUUAUUUAUCUGCAAUCUUAAAGACACAAGCUACAGUUCUGUGGAUUAGUAUUUAUUUUUCAACUGUGUUGAGAAUCAGCGAUGGUUAGGAUCCAGAACAUCACCCAUACAUGUUUCCUCUUGGUUUCUCCCUGGUUUAGGAUUCAGGCUCAGCCAAACUUAGUCCCCUAAAAACUAUGUUCCAGAAAAACUCCAAAACCUAAGUUGUUGAUUUAUAAAAGAUAGCAUUAAAGUAUUGAAGAAAAUGUACUUUUUUCUUUUCUUUUGGAAAAUGCUUCUUAUUCAUGAUUUAAUAUAUACAUAUAUAAUAUAUAUAGAAGCGCACCCAUGGGGAUCAAGAGUGUGUUUUUCUCUUGCGGUGAAUCAUCUGAACGCUGUUUGUGUCUUGUUCCCUGUGGUUGUAAGUGAUCGCCAUCAUUGCAUCAAUCUAUUUUUGUACAGUGUGUUUCACAGCCACAUGCUGUGAGCCUGAGGGCCGAGUUCUUCCUCACACCCUGACCCAUAUGCAUUAUUCUGCUUCAUGUUUUCUCCGGUUUUCUGUUUCUGACUUUUGAACCUUUCAUGUCUCAUGUAAAUGAUGAAUUUGUGUAUGAAUAUUGACAUAAUCCUGCAAAUAAAUGGAAACCUCUUACUUCUUACUUACCUCUUA